CUAAAGCCUACCGCUACUACAAGGCGGACACCCGCCAGAUUCUUACCAGUCGAAAUGUUGUAUUCACUCCAGAUCCCCCUCCCGCAUCAUCCAACAUACCAAAUCCCUCUCCGUUGCAGCUCGAGGGGGAGCAGAAAAAUAUUCCCGUGCCUGCAACUCCGAGACCUGCAAAAUCACUUACGCCGCCAUCAUCACCCCUUACGACACCACCGAGCACACCACAGAUCACCCCAGCCGAGCCACGCAUUGCGCCACGCGAUAUUUC